CUUUCAACACUUAUCUUUUCCCCCCAUAAGCAAAUGCCAAAGUCACUGCUCUUCACCGUCGUGGUUACCUUUGCCGCCAUUGUCAAUGCCGCCGCCGCUACGCAAGUUGCCCUACAAUUCAAGGAAUCCCCACAAUUCUACAACUCACCGGAUUGUCCUUUUGUAAUAGAUAAAGAUCAUGAAUCUAAUUCUGACGGUGAACCCAACAUUUUGUGCUGGGAUCGAGCCGUUCAUGUGGCAAUGACACUUGACACUACUUACAUUCGAGGCACCAUGGCCGCCAUUCUUUCGGUACUUCAACACUCCUCUUGUCCCCAAAACAUCGCCUUCCAUUUCAUCGCCUCCGCCAGCGCCACCGCCACCACAUCUAUUUUACGCGCCACCAUCUCUUCCUCUUUCCCUUACAUGAACUUUCAAGUCUUCCCUUUCAAUGAUUCCUCUGUUUCACGCCUCAUUUCGACCUCGAUCCGCUCAGCUUUAGACUGCCCUUUGAACUACGCUCGAAGCUACUUAGGCAAUCUCCUCCCUUCAUGUGUCCACCGUGUCGUGUAUCUUGACUCGGACUUGGUCCUCGUCGACGACAUAGCUAAACUUGCCCACACUCAACUCGGAGACAACUCGGUCUUGGCCGCACCAGAAUAUUGCAAUGCAAACUUCACGUCCUACUUUACUCCUCCGUUUUGGUCAAACCCUUCUUUAUCCUUAACUUUCGCGAACCGUAAAGCUUGUUAUUUUAACACCGGCGUCAUGGUGAUCGACCUCGACCGAUGGAGAGAAGGAGAUUACACGACAAAGAUUGAAGAAUGGAUGGAGCUUCAGAAAAGAAUGAGAAUUUACGAAUUGGGUUCAUUGCCACCGUUCUUAUUAGUUUUCGCCGGAAACAUAGCUCCGGUGGAUCAUAGGUGGAAUCAGCAUGGCCUCGGCGGAGAUAAUUACAGAGGUUUAUGCAGAGAUUUGCAUCGUGGUCCGGUUAGCCUUUUACAUUGGAGUGGAAAAGGGAAGCCAUGGGACAGACUUGAUACUGAUAGGCCAUGCCCACUGGAUGCUUUGUGGGCACCUUAUGAUCUCCUGCAAUGGCAAACUCCAUUCGCAUUGGAUUCUUGAAGAGAACCACGUUUCUGCGUAAUGUUUGUUUGCGGAGAAAGUGACGGAAUCACCAAAAAAGUGUUAAGCUGGAGAUCAGAUAGGUGGAGGAUUGAGGAAGUUAGCUGAUUUAAGUUGUUUCUUGUAGAUUAUGGCACUAAAACAGGACCAUAGUAGUAGUACUAUACUGUAACCUUUUCUUCUUUCCUUUUUACGAUAUUAAAUAUCCAUUCAGAAAUCAAAAUGCUGUAAUAUCAACAAGGAGUAAGAAAAUCCAGAUGCAGAUCAAUGGACUUCAUCGAUUUUCUUCUCCGAUGUAAUGAUAAAUGUAAUCAA